UCGCCAACGCUCCCACGGUCACUUGGCUGACGUGAGCCACUGGGGCGCGCACUGGGACGCGCACGGCGCCUCGUUCCAGCGUGCGCUGCGCUUCCUCGGAGCUCGUCGCGCGUGGUCCCCGCGGCUCGCAGCACCGGGUCCGCUGACGCUCGUGGCUGAAGGCGAAGAGGGCAGAAACCGCGCUCCAGCCGCCAAACACCCCUGUCUCCGCACGAUGAGCCCCGAGCCGGCGCCUCCGGAGCCUCAGGGCGUGCGCAGCAGCAGCCUUGAGGAACCCUCGGCCGAGCCCCUGGGGCAGGGCUCCGCGGCCUUCCUCGCGGGCGAUUACGAGGUGGCGGCCGAGCUCUUUCGCUCGCUGCUGGCCGGCCUGGCGCAGCCAGAGCGCGGCCUGUGCUUGCAGCUGGGAGAAGCGCUGGCCCGCGCAGGCCGCCUGCCCGAGGCCAUCGGCGCGUUCCGCGGCGCCGCGCUGCUCGGCCCGCUGCAGCCCGGAGAGCUGUCCGAGCUGGCGAGCGGCCUGGCGCGCGCCCUGGGCCUGCGCGAGAAACGGCCGCCUGUGGCGGCGAGGCCCGGAGGCUGUGCCUCCGGGGCCUCGGGGCCUGUGGCGCCGCGCGACCUGCUGGGCUGUCCGCGCUGUGGGCGGCUGCUCUACAAGCCGGUGACGCUGUCCAGCGGACUCACGGUGUGCAAGCGCUGCGUAGAGCAGGUGCCGGUGCGGGCGCAGGCCCGGCGCGUGAACGUGGUGCUGAGCGGGCUGCUGGAGAGGUGCUUCCCCGCCGAGUGUCGCCUGCGCAGGCUGGCGUGCCAGGCGCGGGGACUACAGCGCCAGCAGCAGCCCGAGGCCGCGCUGCUCAGGUGCCAGCAGGCCCUGGAUAUGGCCCCCGAUGACAGUUCAUUAUUGCUGCUGCGAGCUGAGUUAUAUUUGACCAUGAAGAACUAUGAGCAAGCCCUGCAAGACGCUGAUACAGUUUGUCAGAGGGAACCUCUCCUGACCAAGGGGCACCACAUAAAAGCCCAGAUUCUUUCUGGAUUGGGAAGAAAUAAAGAAGUGUUGAAGGAAUUUAUCUACUGCCUUGCUUUAAAUCCUGAGUGCAACUCGGCGAAGAAGGAAACGCAGAAGGUAAUAUGUGAGGUGUUCUUUUCAGCUUCAGAAAAUGAGCAGCAGACCUCAGCACCUUCCACCCAAACUGGACCGAAGGCCCUUUGUGAUGGCCAGAUGAGCCCACAGAAUCCUCUGGAAGAAGCAGGCGGUCACGCUAAUGCAGACAGUCCUAAGACUCCAUCUGAGAAGCCCGAUGUAUCAGAGAACACCAACUCCUCGGUUUUGUAUUUUAUUCUGGGCCUCCACUGUGAAGAGGAUAAGAAGGCACUGGAAGGCGUCAUCCCAGCUGCACCAAGUGGCACCUUGAAGAGGCAGCUUCCCAGCGAUGCAGAAGACAAGGAGCUUGACGUGAAUACCCCUGAGAAGAUUCCCAAGAAAGAUGCAGAUUCCUCACCUCAGAGGAGUGCGAACUCUCUAGAAGAAGAGCCAGAGUUCACAAUUGAUGCGACUGACUUUGAGUGUGCACUGUGCAUGAGGUUGCUCUUUGAACCUGUCACUACGCCCUGUGGACAUACGUUUUGCCUCAAAUGCCUUGAGCGCUGCCUGGACCAUGCCCCUCACUGUCCGCUGUGCAAAGACAAGCUUUCAGAGCUGUUGGCAACUAGGAAUUUCAAUGUAACCGUUCUGACUGAAGAGCUGAUAUUCCGGUACUUACCAGACGAGCUGUCUGACAGGAAGAGGGUCUAUGAUGAAGAGAUGUCAGAACUGUCCCAUCUGACCAGAGACGUGCCCAUCUUCGUGUGUGCUAUGGCCUUCCCCACGGUACCAUGCCCUCUCCAUGUGUUCGAGCCCCGCUACCGGCUCAUGAUAAGGAGAUGCAUGGAAACUGGCACCAAGCGAUUUGGCAUGUGUUUAUCCGCGGAGAACGCAGGGAUUUCAGAGUACGGCUGCAUGCUGGAGAUAAAGGACGUGAGGACUUUUCCUGAUGGGAGCUCUGUCGUGGAUGCAGUUGGGAUUAGCCGCUUCAGGGUCCUAAGCCACCGCCACCGAGACGGCUACAAUACCGCAGACAUCGAGUACCUGGAGGACGAGAAGGUGGAAGGCGCAGAGUUUGAAGAACUUACCGCCCUCCACGAAUCCGUUUACCAGCAAUCUGUUUCCUGGUUCGCUUCACUCCAGGAUCACAUGAAGAAACAAAUUCUAAGUCAUUUUGGGUCCAUGCCGGACAGGGAGCCGGAGCCACAGAGCAAUUCUAGUGGCCCUGCCUGGUCCUGGUGGAUUCUGGCCGUGUUGCCCUUGGAGCGUAAGGCUCAGCUGGCCAUUCUCGGCAUGGGCUCCUUGAAAGAGCGUCUUCUUGCCAUUCGUCGGAUACUAGUCAUCAUCACACGCAAGCUGAACAGUCGCCAAGAGAUGGCUAACAACGCGCAGAGAGAUAAUUGAUCUUCCUCUCUCUUAAGGUUGCCGGAAGCCCCUGUGUUUUUGAGUUCCAGACACUGACAAAUACCCAUCCCCUUCGGUGUGCUUCGUAAAAUCUUGUCGAUGUGGUGGUAAGUGGGACAUUUGCCAAAUACCGUUUUUCUCACACAUACGUCUACCUGCUGGACUCUGAUCCUGUGCAAGAUCACCUGAGGUUCAAGUGGAAGGUACAGGUGAGAAAUCCUUGAGCGAGUCUCUUCAAAGCAGAUGCUUCGAGACUAAAGCUCACUGCCAGCAAGUGACACACGCACGGUUGACAUGUGACUUUGGUGUCGAAGGUGAUAAUAUUCCUAGCCUGUAUCUUGACAUGAUUGGUGGAAAAUGUGUGUGCCAGUAGCUAGACAGUGGGUGGGAACCACGGACAUAUUAGGAUAUAAGCAAGUCAAAACUGGACUUGGCUUCUGUGUGUCGCUGUGAACUUGCUUGCAAAAUUAAUGAACUGAACACUAUCCAGCCCUUACUGAAGAAGUAGUAAUUACUGGGCAGAGCCGUGUUUGUGUUUCGUGUCCUGCCGUAACCCCAGGUGUUGUAAAUUGCAUGUUGUAAUUGAAUGAAUGUGAAACUACAAGAAGACGUACCUUGCAUAUAGAAGAGUCUGAGAACCGCAGUAUUUUGAGAGUAUAUAUUCAUAAGCACCCCAGAAGGGUAGUCAAAAGAAGAGCUAGAGCUGUGUGUGCACUGGGGUGUCAAACAUACAGCCAAAUGUAUUCUAAACAAAGUGUUAUCUCUGUUCAACUGGGAAUUUCCCAUCAGAUAACGCUAGGUGUGACUCCCGACCUCCAGUGCAUGUUGGGAAUAUAUAUCACUUGGAAUAACGCAGACAUUCCCGCCGUCUGAGCAGCUGGCGCAGACAGCCUGCUGCUGCUUAGUCUGUAAGAUAACACCCGACAGACAAGACCCUGCUGAGCAAAUCUCAGCGGCGCAUUCUGCUGUCUCCCUUCAAGGUGUGUGGGUUUAAUUUAAAUGUAUAUUUUAUGAUACGAAGUGUUGAUGGUUUAUCAACCCAUCAAGCACUUUAUUAGAAAGCCGUACGAUCACAGUGAUGUUGUAUUUUAUUGUUCUUUUCAGCUAGUGAAUCUCAGCUUCGCCAUAGGACUUAGAAUAAAACACCCAUCUCAUUUCAGAGGGGCUAAAAGCCCUCCGAGCAAGCCUUUCCACCACACAUUAAGAGUUCA